AUGAAUUCUACUGGUGCUAGCAACAGUAACACACCCACUCCUACGCCACCUAAUAGAGAAUCCACUGCAAGUUCUUCGAUACCAAAAGGCAUUAAUAGAGGAAAAUCUGAUCCGACAUGGGCACAUUGCAAGGAAGUGCAGUCAGCAAGUGGAAGGAAGGGGCUGCUAUGCUUGUAUUGCUCAAAAGUUAUCUCCGGUGGUUGUAUAAAUCGGUUUAAACAACAUUUGGCGGGAUUAAAAGGGAAUGCAGAGGCAUGUCGGAAGGUACCAGAUGCUGUUCGAUUUAGAAUGCAGGAACAUCUGGUGGGGCACAUUAUGGAAAAGAAAAGGAAGCGCGAUAUGUUAGAUGAGCAAAAUCCAUAUGCUCCACUCUUCGAGCAUGAUGAGGAGAUAGUUGAAAUGACACCUCUCCAUUCAAAAGCAAAAGGGAAGGGAACUGUUUUCUUGAAAUCUGUUGACGCUUCAGAUGCUUCGAAGACUGGAGAUAUGCUUUACAAAUUAUUCAGAGAGGUGGUCCUAUUUGUUGGUCAAGAGAACGUCGUUCACUUUGUGACUGACAAUGCCGCUAACUACGUGGCUGCUGGUCGCUUGUUGGAGCAGGAGUUCAAGACAAUAUUUUGGUCUCCUUGUGCGGCUUAUUACAUUAACUUAAUUCUCAGUGAUAUUGGUAAAUUGGACGAGAAUGCUCUGAGGGCUAUGGUAAUAUUUAGUGAAUGGACUAGUUCAAGCACUGCAAAGGAAAGUAAAGCAAAAGAAUUUGUGAAGCUGUUAUUUGUGGAUUCUUUCUGGUCUGAAUGUGCAGCCAUAGUGCAGAUUAGUGAGCCUCUUAUUCGUGUGUUACGUAUUGUUGAUAGCGAUGAAAUGCCUGCUAUGGGAUUUUUGCUUGAAGCAAUGUACAAAGCUAGGGAAGAGAUGUUGAAAAGAUUCAAUAAGAGAAAGAAGAAGAUUGAGUCAUAUAUCAACAUUCUUGAUGCUCGAUGGGAUAGGCAACUGCACAAGAACUUGCAUGUAGCUGGGUAUUGGUUGAAUCCCAAAUAUCAGUAUGACUUGACCGAGAUGGAGAAGAAUAGAGGAACGGUUUCCGGUUUGCUGGAUGUCAUAGAGAGAUACUCUUAUGGGAAGCCGUCAUUGCAGACAAAACUAACAAGUGAAAUGAAAAUUUUUAAAAAUGCUGAAGGUGAUUUUGGACGAGUAUCUGCAGUAUCCGAUCGCAUCGUGAUGGCCCCGGAUGAGUGGUGGAUGUGGAACUACUUCAAGAGUAGAAAUUAUGACCCAAUUGACUUCGAAAAGUUUGCUUCUUAUUCUACAUGGGUAUUAGAGGAUGAGCCAUCGGCCCUAUCAAAUGAAGAAUUGCGAACAUUUAGACAAGAUUUGCAAAUGUGCAUUCAAGAAAAUGGAAAUGAUGAUUCGUUGGAUUUGAAUUUGGAAGAUCUUGAUAUGGAUGAUGGGGCCGAAGAUAAUAUUGAUGGAGGGAAUGUCAAUGACCAAGUCCAAGAUAAUCCAUUGUUUGAAGUUUCUGAAGCACCACAUGAUGUUGCAGCUGAAGACAAUAUCUGUGGAAAUUAUGGUGGAGAUUGGAGUGCAUGGAAUUGCUAA